AAAAAAAAAAAAAAAAAAGAGUAAAAACACCAACCCAUAAAAAUGGCUGUCAGCGUUUCGGGUAUCCAAGACCAGCAGGUAAAAUGUCUUCAAAAUAAAGAAAGAACCUUUCUUUGAGAUUCUUCCUUGCUUCUUGUUCUUGGCCGAUACAAAAUUUACAGCCUACAAGAGGGAUUUCUUCAAUCUACCCAUUGGCCCCUAUAUGUUCUUUUGCCACUGAGGUCUAUUUUGUCAAAAUUUACUAGAUACUGCAGCAUCUGCAAUGUUUGGAGCGAGUCUGUAGGCAUUACUUCCAUCGGAUAUGUUGCCUUUCAAUAAGGAAAAUGUAUCUCUUUACAUACUGUGGAGAGUACGAAUGAGCUGAUAGUUCAUCCUUCGUCUUGUGCAGGAAUUAAAAGACAGGAUAUAGAAGUUUGUGGUUCUGAGUUCUUGCGUUGUGGGCACACAUGAAUCAGGCUCUCUUAAAAGAUCGGAAGCAUCAUAACCAAGAGGAUCCCCUCAUUGGAGAUGAAGCUCACGGCCAGCUCGGAAUUUUCGCUAAACCUCUUCCUUGUUUUGGUUGUGGCAUAGGAUGGUUCUCGUUUUUGCUUGGGUUUGUGUUUCCUUUGCUAUGGUACUAUGCCACAAUUCUUUACUUCGGGAACUACUAUCAGAAGGAUCCUAGAGAGCGAGCUGGGCUUGCCGCCAAUGCAAUAGCUGUGAGUACUGGAACCCAUUUUUUUAUUUCUAUUUUGCUUGUUGAAUGAAUUAUUAAAGAUUUUGUCUUGCUCAUUGUUCUUUAUUCUGCUGAAGCAUGACCACUAGGUUUAGGCCAUCUUCUAGAGGAUUGCCAUGAACUGAAACUGCUGAAAGCAAAUUACUCAUGAAGCCCCAUAUCGAAAGCUCUUUUUCUACUCUGAUUAUGAUACCUUCAUUCUAUUUACUGUCGGAAUGAUUUUAGUUUUAGAAGGAUGAAAAAUCAGAACAGGUCCCAUGCUUUAUCAGUUAUGAUAUGCACUUGUGGUGAAUUAAUCGGUAAAGUAGGCCACGGCAUUUAGUGUUCUCUGAGCUGAUAUGUAAUUCCGAGUAUUCCAGCUAGAUGGCUGUUUGCUUACCUUAUUCUCUAUUGAUCGUUGACGUUUAUAAUUGUAAUUGCAGGCUCUGAUAUUUACGGUUGCGCUUCUCAUUGCAUUGGCUGUUAUUCUCUUGUAAAGCCCGUUUCUGUGAUCCUUCUAUGAGUUCUAUCAGGUAUGGCGAUGGAUUUGCUAAACCAUCUGUACUAAAAUCAGUAUCCCACUGUUAUGAAAGAAUGUUACAUGCUGUCUCCCUUCUUCCGAUUUAUCCUAGAAAUACUAUUUUAGAGAGUAAACGUUGCCUUAAAGCCGAUUAGAAAACUUUGUAAGGCUCUUCGGAGAAGUAAAGACAGCAACGGUUGUACACUUGUAUUAUACCUCUGAACACUGUACAGUUUUUCAAGAAUGAACUUUUAGGAAUUCAUUUUGUUAAGUGCUUGUUUUUAGUGAGAUAAAGGUUUAUUGUUGUUACGCGUUUCUUUUUAGCGGGAUAAAGGCUUGUUGUAAGUGAGAAUUGUAACCGAGCAGUUUGUUUAGGGCACAAAGAUUGGAACUUCGAAAACACGUGUUAGGUUUAUCUCUUGAA